AUGCCUCGUGGUCAGAAAAGUAAACAACGUGCCCGUGAGAAACGCCAACAGGCCCGAGACGAGAGCCAGCGUCUUCAAGAUUCUCCAGCCACUGAGGCAGAGGAGGGGUCGCCAGUUCCAGCCUCUCUUGAGUCUGACUCUACAUCCCUGAGCCCCCCUGCCUCCAGCUCUGGCCAGGGGCCUCAGAAGGCUCCCCCUACCACCCAUGCUGCUGCAGGUGUUUCACGCAGAGGAUCUGAUGCUGGUGCCAAAGGCCAAGGUGAGAGAAAACCAAGCACAUCCAAGGCCAUGGCCGCCAAUGUGUCGGGCAACACUGAUCCUAUAAGUAAAAGGGCAGGAUUAUUGUUGCAGCUGAUGCUGUACAAGUAUAAAGUGAAAGAGCCCCUGACCAAGGCUGAGAUGGUGAAGGUUGUCAACAAAAGAUACCUGAAUCAGUUCUCAGAGAUCUUCAAGAUGGCCACUGAUCGCCUAGAGCUCAUCUUUUGUAUUUCCCUAAAGAAAACCAAGCCCACUGGUCACUCUUAUAUCCUUUUCAGCCAGCUAGAGAGCACCGAUACUGGGCAUGUGGAUGAUGAAAUGGAAAUUAUUAAAAAUGGGCUUCUGAUGCCUCUUCUCGGUUUGAUCUUCCUUAAUGGAAACCAUGCCUCUGAAGAGCAAAUCUGGAGCUUCCUGUGUAACAUGGGUAUACAGGAUGAGGAGGGAAACUUGGUCUUUCAGGAGCCCAGGAAGCUCGUAACCCAUGAUUUGGUGAAGCAGAAAUACCUGGAGUACCGCCAGGUACCUCAGAGUGAUCCCCCUCGCUUUGAGUUCCUGUGGGGUCCCAGAGCCCAAGCUGAAAUCAGCAAGGAGAAAAUUCUAAACUUUUUGGUCAGAGUCAUGUGUACAGUACCCACGGAAUUUCUCCCGCAUUACCAGGAGGCUUUGAAACAAGUGGAAGAGAGCACCCAAGUCCCAGCUUCUAGAGCUGCCACUAAGAAAAAGGCAGCACAGAAGCCAGGAGCACAGCCAGUUGCUAAUCUCAGCCCUGGUAAGGACUGA